AUGGGGUUCGUCAAUUUCAAGAACUAUCGGGUCUACAUCCUGACUUCGGUUGCCUAUCUAGGCUCCCUGCUCUUUGGAUAUGACACAGGUGUUAUGGGCUCAGUCCUCGCUCUUUCGAGUUUCAAGAAGGACUUCGGCCUCCCUCUCGAGUCUUCUGGAUUUGGCAAUGCGGAGAAUGCUCACAUUGCGUCCAAUGUGGUGUCACUACUCACAGCAGGAUGUUUCUUCGGAUCCAUCUUCGCUGCUUACAUUAACGACAAACUAGGUCGCAGGUACUCGCUGAUGAUCUUUGCCGUUAUCUUUCUGGUUGGAGCAGCGGUCCAAGUUGCAUCUCACCAUGAGAUUGGUAUGAUCUAUGGUGGACGUGUCAUCGCUGGCUUUGGUGUUGGUGGUAUGUCCAGUAUCACCCCCGUAUUUGUCAGCGAGAACUGCCCUCCAGCAACCCGUGGGCGUAUUGCCGGUCUGUUCCAGGAGUUCCUGGUUAUUGGUAGUACAUUUGCCUACUGGCUGAACUAUGGUGUUGCGCUUCAUGUUCCCGAGGGUACAAGCCAAUGGCAUAUCCCAGUUGGCAUCCAGCUUGUCCCCGGUGGUCUGAUGCUCAUCGGCCUAUUCUUCCUUAAAGAGUCUCCUCGUUGGUUGUUGACAAAGGGCCGCCGGGACGAAGCACUCGAGUCUCUCGCUUACAUUCGCAAUGAGCCUGAAAUCAGCGAGGCUGUUCAACUCGAGUUUGCUGAAAUCUCGGCUGCUAUUGAUGAAGAAUUGCAGGCUACCGAGGGUUUGACUUGGAGGGAAUGCCUCAAGCCAAGCAACCGAUAUCGCUUCUUCCUGGCAUUCCUUCUGAUGUUCUGGCAGCAGUUCUCCGGAACAAACAGCAUUGGGUACUAUGCUCCUCAGAUCUUUGCAAGCGUCGGAUUGAGCGCAACAGACACCUCACUUUUUGCCACUGGUAUCUACGGAACAGUCAAGGUAGUUGCAACAGCCACCUUCCUCAUCGUCGGUAUCGAUCGCUGGGGCCGAAAGAAGAGUUUGAUUGGAGGUGCCAUUUGGAUGGCUAGUAUGAUGUUCAUCAUUGGCUCAGUCUUGGCUACCCAUCCCCCAGUUAAGGAAGCCACAUCCGUCUCAUCGGCGUCCAUCGCCAUGGUUGCCAUGAUUUAUCUCUAUGUCAUCGGAUACUCAGCAUCAUGGGGACCAGUUCCCUGGGUAUAUCUUGGCGAGAUCUUCCCAACCCGUCUUCGCGCCUACGGUGUCGGUUUCGGUGCCGCCACACAAUGGCUGUUCAACUUCGUUAUCACUGAGAUCACCCCUCGUGCUAUCAAUAAGAUUGGCUGGAAGACUUUCCUCAUGUUUGGCAUCUUCUGCUCUGCCAUGUGUAUCUUCGUCAUAAUAUUCUUCAAAGAGACCAAGGGCCGCAGUCUAGAGGACAUGGAUCUCAUUUUCGGUGCUAUUGAUGAGGACCAGAGACGUGCCGAUGUCGAACAUACCUUGCAAAAAACUCAAAUGAUGCACGGAGAGCAUGCAGAGACUACCGAGACUGCGAAGACCACAGAGACUACAGAGCACAAGGAGUGA